ACAUUGUCAUCAUGCGUUGGGAUUGCAUCUGUUAGUAGUGAGAUAUUUCCUACUGUCGAUCAUAUACUUUUAGAAUACUUGACUCCGCAUAUUCUUUCUAUCGAAUGUGUUGAAAUGGCUCAGUGUUUAUAUUUUGAUGCAGUAUUGGCUGAUUUAACAAUGACUGGAUUAGAUGAUGAAAAUGAAGAUAUAGAUGAUUGA